CAUUUUCCUCUAACAAUGUCUCUCAAAUUCUUCAAACCCCUUUUUGAUUCUUCCUCAUGGCCCCUUCAAGAACUCAAUGUUGAGCAAAAGGGGGUGGUUUUCUCCUAUUUUCUUGGGUUUUUAGCUUUACUAUGGUUCCUUUGGUUUUUCAUCAGUAAUAACUCAAACAAGAGACUGCCACCAGGCCCUAAAGCUUUGCCCUUGAUAGGUAAUCUUCAUUCUCUUGAUCCUGAACUUCACACCUAUUUUGCAUCUCUUUCCCAAACUUAUGGCCCGAUUUGUAGACUCUGGCUUGGUAAAAAAAUUGGGAUUAUUAUUACUUCUCCUGCUUUAGCUCGUGAGGUUCUUAAGGAUCAAGAUACCAUUUUUGCUAACAGAGAUGUGCCGGCUGCUGGUAGAGAAGCUACAUAUGGUGGAAAUGACAUAACUUGGACUCCUUAUGGACCGAAAUGGCGUAUGUUGAGGAAGGUUUGUGUUCGUGAUAUGCUUAGUGGUUCUAAUUUAGAUUCUGUUUAUGGACUAAGGAAAAAGGAGCUUAGACAGACAAUCAAUUACUUCUAUAGUCAGAAGGGUUUACCAGUGAACGUUGGUGAACAGAUGUUCUUGACUAUUCUUAAUGUGAUUACAAGCAUGUUAUGGGGUGGCACAGUGAAGGGUGAGGAAAGAGCUAAUCUUGGGGCAGAGUUUAGGCAUGUUGUGAAUGAAAUGACUGAGCUGUUAGGUACUCCAAAUGUUUCCGAUUUUUACCCGGGCUUGGACUGGUUCGAUUUGCAGGGUGUUAUAAAGAAGAUGAAAGUGUUGGCAAAGAGAUUUGAUAAGAUAUUUGAGAGCAUGAUUGAUCAAAGACAGAAAAUGGAUAGAAAUACUGAGAUGGGAGCUGAUGUUGGUCAAGAAAGCAAGGACUUUUUGCAAGUUUUGCUGAAGUUGAAAGAUGAAGCAGAUUCCAAAAUGCCUCUGACUAUGACUGAACUCAAAGCCUUACUCAUGGAUAUGGUUGUUGGUGGAACUGACACUACCGCCAACGUAGUUGAGUUUGCCAUGGCUGAAAUUAUGAACAAACCAGAUGUCUUGAGGAAAUUACAACAAGAACUAGAUACCGUCGUGGGAAAAGAUAACAUAGUGGGAGAGUCUCAUAUUCAACACUUACCAUAUUUCUAUGCAGUUAUGAAAGAAGCCUUGCGUUUACAUCCAGCUCUUCCACUAUUGGUGCCACAUUGUCCUAGUGAAACAUGCACUGUUGGAGGAUACACUGUCCCUAAAGGAUCUCGUGUUUUCAUAAAUGUAUGGGCUAUACAGCGAGAUCCUUCUAUCUGGAAAAAUCCAACUGAGUUCCAUCCAGAGAGAUUUUUGGACAAUAAAUGGGAUUAUAGUGGAAAUGAUUUCAACUAUUUCCCAUUUGGUUCUGGUAGAAGAAUCUGUGCGGGGAUAGCCAUGGCAGAGAGGAUGUUCAUGUAUUCACUGGCUUCACUCAGUCAUUCUUUCGACUGGAAAUUGCCCCAAGGAGAGACAUUAGACCUCACAGAGAAGUUUGGGAUUGUUCUGAAGAAGAAAAUGCCUCUGGUGGCUAUACCUAUUCCAAGAUUAUCCAAUCCAACACUCUAUGAGUAAAAUAAAAGAUGUUGCUCUAUCCUGUCAAUGGUCUUAUGAACAACUC